UGAUUAUCUGUUUAUGGAGUACGGAGAACGAAAACUUACAUUCCGGCGCUACAGCAGCAAAAUUGCCAUUGUCAAUAUCAAUACUGAAGAUUAAAAAAACUAUUUAUCUCGGGAAUUUUUUUGUUUACAUUACACAGUAACACAAAGUAGUAAUCUCACGGAAGUCUGUUGGUUUGUAUUAGUUAGUUACAAAAAUAUCAGAUUUACAGGAUACUGGAUCCUGUCGCUGCACUGUGAAAAGCUCUGGUCAGACAAGGGAUGUCAACCCUCUCUAGUUAGAAAAAACAAUAGUUUCAAGGAACAACACCAAGAAAUUCGUUUUAUGGUUUCAGAAGUUGCGCAAUAUUAGACAUAUGCGCUACUAAACCUCGUGUGUUAUGAGUUGUUCUUUCACUUUUUCAUUUUCAUCAGCAGUACAUUAUAUCUAUAUUUAAUUGCCUCAUCGUAAUUUGUAUUUGAUGUUUUCGAUGCAAGUUUAGACUUCUCAGGUUGUUUAAUAUAUAUGGAAACUAGAUUUUCCGAAAUAUUGGUUUGCUGUUGAUAUUACGUUUGGUAUAUAAUUUAAAACAACUGCUAUCAUGAAUUUUUAGCCUUCUCCGCAUCAUUGCGUAAUUUGUUUCGACAGAGGUGUACAACUUUCUGAGCUCUAAGAUUAUGAAAAAUACUAGCCUACUGUUAGCUAGUAUUCUUUGGUUUUGUAUAAUUUAUAUUUUUUACUCUAUACUAACUGUUUACUGAUUAACUGACACUUUCCGAGAUCACUUUAGUUUCGUUCAAAGGUCGUCAAUAAAUUUUAGUCUCGUUGAUUAGUGAUUAGUCUACCUAAGUUCUGCAAGUGAGGGAACUUCUUAAUUUGGGUGUUCCAUCUAUAAUAACUAGCUUGUAUGCUUUAUUCAAAACCAAGAUUAAUUAUUAGUCCCAUUAAGUCUGUAUGUUCGUAUAGUGCAUAACGAAGUUAUUAGUUGACUUGGUCGACUUCAAGGUGGUCAAUGCCUUAGGACGAUUGAUUUUUGACCUAAUAUAACUGUCAUCAUUUUAACAUGCUAUGACGCUUUUCGGCCUUCCACGCUCGGAUUGAUGCCUAAUUAUAAGUGGAGAGCUAUCACAUAAACUUAAGAAUUUACAUCUGUGGACUAUAUGCAGGAUCUUGGGCUUCACAGCAUUCACUGCUCAGGUUUCAGCGAUCGUUUUUAAACGUCGUGUUAAUUAUCUUUCUGAUAGAAAGUUACUUACGCCUGUUACCCAAUCAUAGAAGAGCAUAGACCGCCCACCAAUAUUCUAUGCCAAACUACGUCCCUGGCGAUUUCUGAUAAGAAAAAAGUCUCGACAUGCUUUUUUAGUCUUGUGUUCAGUCAUAAAUUCCGACGUACUUUUUAGAACUGCCAAUCCUUUCCGAGGGUGAGAAUUUGAGAUUGGUUUCAGCCAAUUAUGAGAUUUAUACUAUUUAACCGCAGCUGUAUAAGUUCUGCCGAAUACGUGUAAAUCUACCUCGGGAUCAAGGCUUUAUAACAAUGUUUUGUCGUAGUUGACUCCAAUACUAUAGUCUCGAUUCGCGUGUUCCCAUUGCAAGUAUGGAAAAGAUUUAAGCUAAAAGAAAUUUGAUACAAAGAUUAUGAAAGAAUAGUUUGGAUGAGGAAGAGGUUUAAUAAUUAGUGACAAACUUGAUAGCUGUUGGAAGUGCUUAAUUGACUGUCAAUUCCCGAGUUUUCGCACAAUAAAAUGUUUUUAUUAAUGAGCUCAAACAGGUAGAUUGUUGUUAACAGUUGCGGUGACUUAAGAUACUUAAAACUGUAUGAGGUAUGGGUCAGAAAGAAUAUGGUUACUAUUCUGUUAUAGUCUUGUAUUUUAUGGACACUAUGAUGUCACUUUAAAAGAAACGAAACCGGUCUCUGUUGUUUUUCAAUUUGAAAUAUUUCUUCCCUCAGUUCUUAUACCUCUUUGUAAUGCUCCCUCUAUACUGUUUCAUCAGAAAAAUAUCUUUCAUUGUUUGGUGUGUGUAUUUGUCUGUCUUAUAUACCUUCUUUGGAAGAAUAAACAGCCAGUGAUUGGUCCUACUCACUGUCUUCUCGUGAUGGGGGUGUUGUUUACGAAAGUGAGAGGACGAAAAGCGAAUGUCCGGCGCAUUAACCGGAUUGGUGGACAUGGAGGGUCCACCUAGGGGAGUUGGAAAACCCUGAUUCCAAACCAAUGGUGCACAUGGGCUCCAGUAUCCUGAUGGAACGAAUGGCGGACGAACCUGUCAUUGGUCAACGGCUACCAUGGGACUGCAUCUCCUCACGAUGCUCCACUGCCUUGUGGAUCAGACAUUCAGGUCAAAGGCUACGGGUGUGGCCCCCUAAGAAAACCACCUGCUUCAGUCUGGGCACCUGGGCAGUAUCACAGCCCUCACACAAAUCGAAUGAGAUUUGUGAGGCGCAUAUUUAUCUGGUGCUUCAUUGUACCAAUAUUUAUGUGUUUAAAUAAAUAAAUAAUAAGUGAUUGGUCACCGAUUAUGUGUAUAUGUGUAACUUGUUUUGUAAUGUAGAUUUACAAAGUUGAGUAUUUAGAAGUGCAUGCCAGCAAUCACAGGCUCGUAUUGUAUUUGGGUAGUUCUGUUCAUUGAAAUAAAUCUUAUUUAUUGUUAACCGUUAAAAGUACUGGGACAUGACUUCACUUGUAACCAAUGUCUUACUAAAACCUUUCACUGAUUAUCUUCAUGUUCUAUAUUUUUGGAUGAAAUAGCUGAUUUAGUUUUCAUCGUAGAUGGAUAAUUAAUUUAAUUGAUACUCUUCAUUUAAAGGCUCUGAUAUCUUUAUGACCUUGGUAAUCUCUAACAUAAUAUGGAAGAAACAGUUAAUAAUCAACUAAAUGGUUAGUCAUUAAGCUUUUUAACCUUUCAUGUAAACUAGCGUCUUCCUUUUUGCGUCAUUUUUCUAUACCUUAUGAACAAGUAAAAGAUCAACGAUGUCCAGAAGUAACUGUCGCAGUCGUAAGUAAAUAAUCAAAUGAAGGCAAUACGUUUCUCAGAAUCCGCAUAUAGGAUGGUAUAAAUCAAGUGCUGAUCGUAAAAUGUUUCCGUUUCUCAAUACAAAGAAUGUUAGUAAGCUUAUUAAUGCGUAUAACAGUUACUGAUCAAUUUUAGCCAAUCGAACCAGAUAUCAAAGCAGAGGAUUUUAUUUUAUACAAGAUGAUAACAAAUUAUGAGGUGGUUAUCUCUUCUACAAGAAGUCUAUUCUAUUUAUAAAUCUAGGAUGUAUUUUAUUGCCGUCGUACACCUGAAAACGAGUCAAUACGUCUGUUGUACUGUUCUCAUGCAUUAAAUCAUUCACUUAGGUGUCAAACGCUUGUAUCAAAGAAUAAUGAAAAAGAAAAACAAUUCGGUGCAUCUGAUUCUUUACGAGACCAAGGCUUUCACCGGGCACGUACUCUUAUUUUAGCACCAACUAAAGAAGCGGCCAGGCGAAUAGUUCAUACAUUUCUCCAUUUAAUGCCUAAAGGCUCCACAGUGAGUCACCGACGUCGUUUUGAACGGGAUUUCGGUCCACAACCUGGAGAUACUGACAAAGAGAAGAAAAAGGGAAGAAAACCUAAAGAUUAUGAAGAAUGGUUUAGUGGUAAUUCCAGUGACAAUUUUCGUAUUGGUAUGGCAUUUUCUAAAAAGUCUGUAAAAUUGUAUUCUGCAUUCCGUGAUUCCGAUUUAAUUCUAGCAUCUCCUUUGGGAAUUAAAGCUGUUAUCGAUGAUGAAGUAGAGAAAGAAGCUGAUGUUCAAUAUAUCAUAGCGUCUAUUGAAUUAUUGAUUAUCGAUCAAGGUGAAAUGUUAUUAAUGCAAAAUUGGGCUACUGUACAACAAAUUGUCUCUUUACUUAAUCAACGUCCAACUGUUCCUGUAUUUGCAUCAGCUGCACGUAUACGAUUAUGUUAUUUAGCUGGUUAUGGUAGACGUUAUCGUCAAACUUUACUAUUCUCUGCUGUAUCAAAUUUUUUGAUUACAUUAUUAUCAGGUGAAUGUGAAAAUUUUCAAGGCAUGAAUUAUAUACCGCCGUUAUCACAUUACCCUGAUUUAUAUCCAACAUUUUUGCCCAGUUGGGUACGUAUUCCUGGACUGAAAGCACCUAUUCGAACUGGACAGAAACGUCAACAUUCGGAUAUGAGUGCUACAAAGGAAGGAGAUAAAUCACUAACAAAUUAUAACUUCAAGUUACAUUUAAUCUCAUUUGUAGUUCCUGGACAAAUUCCUGUUAAAUUAUCUUGUACAGACUCGGUUAGUAAAAAUAAUCAAUCAGAUUCAGACGAUGAGAUAGAAAUGUCACCUAAAACGACAGCUGAUAAUUCUCUUCAUUGCCUUUCUAAUUCCUCAAAAGUAGAUUCAUCAAAUUCAUUAUUGUUAUCUACUAGAACACUUAGAUUCACAGAUUACGCAUAUUUAUCAGGACGUAAUGUUUCUAUAGCCCGAUUAAAUGCAUUUAAACAACGAAUAUUGCCUAGGCUACGUCGAGGUUCAGAUCCUCGUGUUCUUAUAUAUGUACCAGAUUUCUACGACCUUGAAGAAUUGCGCCAAAUUUUACUUGCUGAAUCGUUGGAUUUUUGUUGUAUUAAUGAAUAUACAGAAGACUCAGAAGCUGAACGAUUUCGUACCUUGUUUGGUGAUGGUCGUAUUCGUAUUUUGUUAAUAACUGAACGUUAUUACUUCUUUCGAAGGCGAAAAAUUCGUGGACCUCAAACAUUUAUUUUUUAUGGUCCACCAACGUUUCCAUGGUUUGUCAAGGAAUUAUACGAUUUCCGACAUUCAGAAAAUGAAAUACAAUACAAUAUGACUAUACUCUAUUGUCAUCCUAUAGAAACUCAUAUUGUAGCUAUGAUAACUGGUUCUGUAGAAUUUUAAUAAUAACUAUAUUUUCAUGUGCAA